CUUAUAAUUUCGCUGCACGUCAGUUUAAGAAAAUUGUUAUGACAUGGUUUUGUAGAGAAUUCAAUAAGGAAUCUCUUGGAAAAAAAUUUGGAUCGAUAGGAUAAAAGCCGGCGGAGUUAUAUUCAAAUACGGGAGUGCGUUUAUUUAUGCGCCACCCGUUAGAUAUUUAUUAAUAUUUUUAAAUUUAAACAGAAUUUCAACUUUUGCAUCUUAUAUGACUCUUUAAAGAAAUUGACUGCCAUAUUUUUGUCAUUAUUGACAGGAUUAUCAUACAGAUUCCAACGAAUACAUGACAUAAAUAUAGUAAUUUUGUCUGAAAAAUGGAAUCGAUCAUGAUAACCAUUUAUUUUUUCAGCUUUUGUUCAUUGUUUAUUAACAUGUUUCCAUUUUAUCUAUUUUAGAGAUCAUACACCUUUUUUUCUACGAAUUUAUUGUGAACAGUUUUAUUUGCUCAAAUAAUGAAUAUUCGUCGUACACAAACGUAUAUGUAGGUGUUUUUUAAUUCUUGGAAACUGAAGAUAAUCAAUAUUAUGUUUUAUAUAUUUCUUUCUACUAGUACUUAUAAUCCUACGUCUGAUUCAAACACAAUUGGCACACGUAUUCAAAGCUGUUCCGCAUCAGAUUUAAAUGUUCAAGAUGUUUCAUCCGAUAGUGAAAGUGAAUCAGCGCUAUCCACAAGCUACGGCUUUCAACGUGAAAAAGCUUAUUCUUGCAUUAAAUUAAAUCAACAACAAAAUAGAAAACAACCGUUGUUACCAUCGAAUACAGAUAGAAAUAACGACAGUACAUCUGUUCAACGUUUAAGUGCCACUACGAUUACGUCUAAUUUACGUCCGAUAACCGCUUGUUCACUUCCCUCAAAACCCAAUGACGAUUGGGAUCCACAAAAUCCCACAGGAAUGACAAUAUCUCGACGAAAUCCGUCAUGUCCUGUUAUCUCAUCACCUACAACAUACCAUAAUACAAUAGGCACAGGAAGACUAGAAAUAAAUUCAAAUUCAUCGAAAAAAGCAACAAAUACUAAAACACAACAGAGACUUUCACGUAAUCAUCGGAAACAGUCAUUAGCUUUAACAUCACCGUCAACAACGAAUGAAUGGAAGCCAAGAGAAAUAUCGCCCGGGUCGCAAGUGCCAUCGGUGUUUCAAACAACAUCAGAAAUGCUAGGAAUUUAUCCUCCAACAGAUUCUAUGUCUCCGUUUCGCGGUGACUCUAACCGUCGUUCUCAUUCAACAGCCAAAUCUCCAUCAUCAUCAAUUAUGAUCACCGAUGAAAAUCGUCGUAAUUUUAUUUCACUUGCUAUUUCUCGUACUCAUCAACAGAAUCAAUCGUGUCUCAUCGGUGAACAUUAUCUUCCAUCGUCAAGUAUCGUCGCUAUAACCGAGGAUAUAUUUAUCGGUACUCUUCGUUCACUUCAAAACGAACGUCAACUAUGUAAAUUAGCUAUUGACUAUCUCAUUGAUGCAUCAAAUAUGCGACCGGAUGAAAUUGCACGAAAAUCAACAGUUGGUAGUAAACUUCCGUGUACAUGUGAUCAACAACAUUCCCGUUGUAUACUCACUGUAGAAUAUAUUGAAAGUCAAAAAAAGACAAAAUAUUUACAUCAUCUAUUUGAUGAAAUUAACAAAUUUAUUACAAAAUCUAAAUUGAAUGGAAAAAAAGUUUUAAUUUAUGGGUAUGAUUAUUCAGUAUUUAUCAGUGUGAUUGCUAUGCAAUAUCUUAUGUGCGAUUGUGAAUACACAUUGUCACAAGCAUUUGAACAUGUUAUGAGAUUGAUUCCGGGCGCACAGUCACCUGAUUUAGAUAAAACAUUUUAUCAAUAUUUAAAACAAUUGGAUGCCUAUUUACAGCGGGAUUCAUUUCCAAAACAAUUCAACGAUCUACGCUCGAAACGUGAUAAAUCCUCAUCACCAUCAUCGACACUAUGUGAUAUUUCACCGAUGACGUCUUCAGUUGUUUCAUCGGCUACAACAUCAUUUACAUCUUAUUCAGCCGGUGUUGGUAGUACGAGAACAGCCUGGGAUAGUUAA